UGUCCCGGCCGGCUAUAAAUUCGGCGACUAAUUCCCCAAAAGGAGAAGUUAAGGUACUCGUGUUGCAUGCAUGCUCAAACGUACAAGAGCAUGGCACUCACUCACCUCCUCCUCGUCGGCGCCGCGCUGCUGUCACUUGCCUGCUUCUUCUCCGGCUCAGAGGCUGGAACGGUGGGGGUGUGCUACGGGAUGAUGGCUAGUAACCUGAUAAAGCCGCCGGCUGUGGUGCAGCUGCUUAAGAAAAAUGGCAUCACAAUGGUGCAUUUGUACGACGCCAACCCCGAAGCCCUCACUGCGCUGGCCAACACCAACAUCAAGGUUGGGGUGUCGCUACCAAACCAGUACCUAACGCUUGCGGCUGGCAGUACGUUGUACGCGCUCCAGUGGGUGCAAAGCAACGUGAAGGCGUACCCGGGCACGAAGAUCAACCACGUGGCGGUCGGGAACGAGGUGUUCCACCAGCAGCCCGAGCUGACCCGUCAGCUCCUCCCGGCCAUGAAGAACAUCCAAGCGGCGCUGGUCAGCGUGGGCCUGGCCGACGCCGUCAAGGUGGUCACGCCGAUCGCGCUGGACGCGCUGUCGAAAUCGUUCCCGCCGUCCGAGGGCCAGUUCCGGGACGACAUCGCGCAAUUGGUGAUGCGCCCGCUGAUCGAUUUCCUGGACCGGACCGGCUCGCACCUCACCUUCAACUACUACCCCUACUUGGCCUACAGGGACCAUCCAGACCAGAUCAACCUCGACUACGUUUUGUUCCGCCCCAACAAGGGGCAGCUAGAUAGGGGCACCGGCCUCAUGUACUACAACAUGUUUGAUGCAAUGGUCGACGCCGUUUUCCAUGCGGUGGAGAAGCUGAGCAGCUCCAGCGAGCACGGUCGAGGUAGGAUCCUUAGCGGUAGUGACUCGUCGGCGUCUUUUAUAGAGUCGGGGUCUGCGAACGGAGAAGGUACCACUGGCCCAGCGGCGGCGGACAGUUUAGGUGAGCAAAAGAGCGUGUCGGCGGCGGCCACCCCGGCGAACGCCCAGACCUACAACUCUAACCUCAUCAGAAAGAUCCUCAGAGGCACCGGCACGCCAUACAAGCCCAACGCCGUCAUCUCCGGCUACAUCUUCUCCCUCUUCAACGAGAACCUCAAGCCCGGCGACGACGACGAGCGCAGCUUCGGCCUCUUCUACCCGAACGGUACGCCGGUGUACAAGGUCGAUUUCGUCCACCCUGGCCCUGCCCCUGCCACCCCUACACCUACCCCCGCGGGGCCUAGCUGGUGCACCGCGAACGCGGCCGUCGGCGACAAGCAGCUCCAGGAUGCGCUGGACUACGCGUGCGCCAACGGGGCGGACUGCAGCGCCAUCCAGCCCGGCAAGACGUGCUACCAGCCCAACACCGUGGUCGCGCACGCGUCCUACGCGUUCAACGACUUCUACCAAAGGAAGAGCGGCACCUGCGACUUCAAUGGCGCGGCUUCGAUUGUGUACCAGAAACCAACAGGCACCUGCGACGCGAGCGCUCCGGCGGCGGCGAGCUGGUGCGUGGCGAACACGGCGGUCGGGGACACGCGCCUGCAGGCGGCGCUGGACUACGCGUGCAGCAACGGCGCGGACUGCAGCGCCAUACAGAGGGGCGGGCGCUGCUUCGAUCCCGACACCAAGGAGGCGCACGCGUCCUACGCAUUCAACGACUACUACAAGCGCAACGGCCGUACCGAAGAGUCGUGUAACUUCGACGGCUGCGGCUCCGUUGUCCACCAGCAACCAAAGUACGGCAACUGCGUGCUCUGAUGGACAUGGACAUGGACAUGGACACACCAACAAGUCAUGCAUGCAUGGGAAGCGAACCCAAAUACGCGGCCGCGUUCGAGAAUAAUGACUAAAUACUGGAGUACUAGUUACCACCACCUAGCUAUAUACUGUACCUGGUUUCAAGAGGCCCUAGUUAAAAUUUGGCAAUACACUCCAUGGAGUAAUUUCGAAUCCGACGCAUCCUUGUAUCUGUAUUUGGUUGAAACAAAUUUUAAAUUCCA